ACCAGUGACGUCUAGACCAGAAGUGACGCCCCAUGUCAGGUAUCAGCGCCUGUCUCCAGUGCCAUGCUACCUGGGUGCACUUCAUAACAAUGGGCCAGGGGGAGAGCGCCAUGGAGGACAACACCAUGACUUUUCUCUCGGACGUGUCGGACUUUGAGAGCAGUGCAGGCAGUGAUGUAGACCAGGGUGACCUGCCGGCUCCCCAGAGAGGGCAGCACAGCUCGGGGCAUCCACUGCCUGGAUAUGACUCCUCCACCCCCAGUAGGAUGCUGCCUACACAAGAUAUAAUUGACCUGACUAAUAUCUGCAGUGGAAAUGAAGAGACUGAAUCCGAAUCGGACACGAGCAUAAUUGAUUUGACUGGAAUUGAUGACUCUGUAGAGUCAUUCUCACAUAGCCCACCUCCCUACAUUAAGAAUUUCAUAUCUCCGCAGUGGAUAAAGCCAGAGUCCAAAUUUAUUAACUCUGAUCUCCCCGAAGACAGAUUAUCCAUUUCCGAUAGCAGCGAGGAGGCAUGCUGGUCAUGUCCUAACCUCUCUCCAGGGGCCAAAUCAUUUAACUGUGAAGACAGGAGCAAUACAGGGAGCAGCACAACAGCUAAUAAUAGUGACAUGGGCUCUCUCGAAAAUGUUUUUGGCGACUUGUUUCAGCAAAAUCGCUCUUCUAUGGGAAAACAAGAUGACCGUAUUAUUUAUCAAGUGAACUCGCACAAUUUCUUAGAAAACCCAUCUGUCCUACAUGAAACAAAUACUCCACAUCCUGCGCCCUCCCAUAAUGACCUCAUUAACCCACGCAUUUCUGAGGCUCGUUCAGUUCUGGAUUCCAGUCCGUUUCUCUUAGCAGGCUCUACAUCUUCAUUACCAGCAGCACAUGUUGCCGAAAAUCAAAUCUCUGCUUUUGUUCAAGAUACAACAAGUAGACCAACGACCGUAAACAAGGCCUGGCUGUACAAACUCCGAUACUAUAAACCACCUGUCCACCAUUUCCUCUCCCAGCAGAUAAAACAAGAUGAAAGAGGCAAACAGCCUAUCCCCUCAAGAAAGAUGAAUAGAGUGUACAGCACAAUGGAAGAGAGCUUCCCACAGGCCACAGUGCACUUCCUGUCCGACUUUGUGUCUGAGAAUCACUACCCACCCAAAGAUAUCCUCUGCCACGUCAUCAGAGCAAUCCUUCUGGAGGGAGAAGAUCCAGGCAUCAAGUGUGACGCAUACACACUCCUUAUGAAAGUGCAAGAACUCCAUCCAGCCAACAUACAUACAGUAGCUUGGGAUUGGGACCUGCUGAAAGAAGUUAUGACAAAAAAGGAACGUCCAGCUUACCUACUGUUCCUCCAGUAUGCCGUGCAGACCUUACACGAUGAUUUCCAUAGGAGUUUACGACGACGAAGUCUGACAAACUGUCUGGCUAAAUCAAUGUUAUCUUGCGAUAAGAAAUUCGGCAACAUCCAAGAUGUCAUUAAUUGGCUGAUGGAAGCAGUGAGAAACUCCUGUGACCUCUCGCCCAUAGAGGAGAAUGAAUGCCACUCUAAGCUUGACAACCAAAGGGAGGUUUUCCUCUUCCAGCGCAUGAUCUCCAUUGCUGUUGAAAUUGACAAUUCGCCUGCAAUCAGCUCUAUUAGGAUUGCAGAUUUUACAUUUUCCUAUUUGAUCGAUAUUAGAACCAGGCAGCAGAAGGAGAUUUUUCUAAACAGUCUUGAAAGCCACCUGCUGCGGGCCAAGAUUCUGGAGUUUCUCUUUACCCACAGCUGUCCGGGACUUACUCCGCCUACUCUUUCUUUGGUCAAUAUCCUUUGCUUCAUAGAGCACUUCAAACUUAUCCCUGAGCAGCAGGGUUCAGACACGAAUUGGCAGAGAUGGGAUGAAAUGUUACAUGACAUCUGCUUGCUGUUUUUCAGUUAUCAAAGGAUCACAUCAGAUAAUUUACUUACACGUGUGACAGAACGCAUAGAUGACCCAGUCUCACAGGUGUCAAAUCAUCAAUUAGACCUAACAAAAAAGGAUGUGGAAACUCAGCUCUGCACCUUCGAACGACGGAUCUCUGAUGGGAAAAAAAUUCCACCUGCUGUGCUAGAGAGGAUUCAGAUGCUAAAGAUCUUACUGUCUACUGCUAUCGAAGGGCAGCCAUGAAAAAACUAUAUAUAUUUUUUUUAAACGCUUGGUUGUACCUAACACUAAAGAAAGAUUUAAGAAGAAUAUAGAACUGUGCUUUCUCUCAUGCUGGACAGGAGAGCUAUUGCCACUAUGCACUUGAUGGAUUAAAGCAAAAAUUUAAUUUGAAACUUUACAGAUAUAUCCAGAAUACAUAUUUUUUUAAAUCUUCAUUUAUUUAUAUUUAGGCCUGUCGCCUAGUAUAUAAAGUAAUGAAAUUAAAAACACACACAACUAACCUCAUAAGGACCGCUCUGCAAAAUUUGCUUCUCAAAAGAAUAGUUAUUUUUUUUCUUGGUAUUUUUUACACUGGAACGCAACUCCAUAACGUUUAAAUCCCUGACUAGUCAUGGCUUUUAAAUGGACACACCGGCCAUACAAAUAAGAGAAGCAAUCAGUUUGUGUGCACGUGAUGGAACAUGCAAAAACUGUGACAUUGCAUGAACGUGUACAUACACAAAUAUUGUGACUUCAAGAUUGCUCAGGAGACUUUAAUGUAUGCUAUUGUGGUUAUGGUGGCAGGAAUCCCCAGGCACCAUUAUAGGGUAUGAUGUCAAGCCUCUCAUAAAUUAUGUGACACAUACCUGACUGUCGGGUGCACGCAGUCUUUCUGGACUGUGCCGCUACACAAAAGUGGAAGUGCAUGCCAACUUUGGACAUUAUUCAUUAUCUGAGAGCAUAAUGCCUUUCAGUCAAUUAUUAAUGUCCAAAGUUGGUAGGGGGUUUGUAUGCUAAUGGGGAUGUAUGAACUGCUUCAGCAUAUCAGCAAAAAUUACAAGGACCGUGGGCACCCAAGGGAGCCAGGUAGAUAUUCAUAAUUGGUUUGAUAGCUUAACCUAGGCUAUAGGAGUACUGGCACUACAGCGUACUGAUUGUGAGUCUUCAAUGCAAGUACUCCUGGCAAUACUUCACAAAUUGCCUUUAGCAAUCAGUUUCCUAUUGAAAACAAAAGCCAAAAAUUGAGCUCAAUUCUGCAGGAUUUACCCAUAGAUGCACUCCAGAUCUUUUGGACUACACCUCCCAUGCUGCUUUGCCAAUUUUAUGGCUGUAAGAGCACUAUAGUAGAUGUAGUCCACAAUGUCUGGAGUGCUCAAGAUUGCAUACCGUUGGUCCUAAGGGAUUAAAAAAAAAAAAAUGAUGGUCCAGUUCCAGUCUGUACUUUCCCUUAAUUACCUGUUUGAAAAGUGCUGCCACUUGUGUCACGAGAUUGUGGGGGGUAUAUUCAUUCUGCAAUUUACCAAGAUUUGUUUUCAAGUAAUGACUGAUGUUUAACAUUUGUAC